CGAGAGAAAGAGGAAGAGAGAGAGAGAGAGAGAAAGAGAGAGAGAGAGAGAGAGAGUCGACAGCGCCUUCAGCAGGCUAUCCGCGCAGUAAAUUAGUUAGCAAUAAACAAAAGUAGAGAAUCUCUCGCGUCGCGGUGUUUCUAGGUAGAGACCACUGAUCCCUACAAAGAGACAGGAGAGAUCAAGGAGAGAAGGGAGAAAGUUGUGAUAAAUGAUAGAAUAAAAAAAAGAAAGAGAAAUUAUUUAUCCCUUCCUGUAAUCACGUGCGUGAGAAUACACAUGUGCACACAUACAAAGUGUGCUUUCAUUCCGCUCAUAACCAAACAUUCUUACGCGAGGCUGCCUGCCGCUGUCACCGAAAAGUGUUACACGCUUUUAUUGUGUCACCCGUGACUCUGUGGCGCAUAACUAGAAACACGCGACUGUCACCCACCAAUUCAGAUUACUGGCUCAAGGAUGGGCAGCACGGAUAAGGCAGUGAUAACCGGCUUCAUAUGCAGGCUGUGCAGUAAAAUGAACCGAUUUGUAAUACACAUUUACGGGGAGGAAGGAGAGCGCAUGAAACUGGCCGAAAAAAUCAACGCCUAUUUACCCAUAACGGUCAACAUGAACGAUCCUUUGCCAAAGACGGCUUGUCUACACUGCAUUCAGCGGCUAGAAGCGCACCACGAACUGAUGGAACAAUUUAUGUUUGCCAGGCGAAGACUGGCCGCUGAGAACAAGGCAAAUUCGGUCGCCUCUUCGUCCUCACCGGCAUCAGUGGUAGACGCCGCUAUGCCUGCGCCAAGCUUACCGCCCUGUUGACGUAGCCGCUCGACACUAAUUACUCGUUAAAAUAACUCUACUGACCUUUCGCUCAACGACAUUGUAAAUCGAUCCCCCACUUCCGCGAUUGUCCCUGUAUUUUACGUUUUAUUUUUUUCCCGAUAUCUUGGAACAUGACAUUCGUCACCGUAAUUAUGUGCGAUAACGCCGAAGAUGAAAGACGGGAGGAGCAAGAUCAUUUUGCCACAUUAUUAAAUCUCUAUUCUUCCGACUGCUAGCUUUUCAUAUCUAGAUCCGGUAACAAAUGGAUGAAUAGAUAAAUGUAUAGAUAGAUAGGCAGAUAAAAUGUUAUUGCAGAAAUGUAACAGAGUGUAUUGUAAUACACGAGUUGCGGUUUGUCUUUUUCUUCUUUUCUAAUAUUUUCUUUCUCUGUUUAUAACAGAUCUAUAAUAUGUAUAUCUCCAAAAUCGUUGGGAGAUAUUUAUAAGGUACAGGUUGCUUCUGUGUUCAGAAAGUAGAAGUUAUCCCCCAAUUUUGAUCAAUUUGAAUUAUUUCGUUAUCUAUUCGAUUGAAAAAAAAAAAAAACACAAAAAUGCCAUAAAACAAGAUCAAAAUAAUUAUCAUUAAUAGAUGAAUGAACAGCUCUUCAUUCUUUUCUCUGUGAUUUUAUCAGAUGGGUUUUCAUCUAUGUUCAUGUUUAGUUUUUGGCAGUGAUAAACGGUUUGUUCUAUAAUUCAGUCAUUGUGGCUAGUGUGUCGAUGAGGUUUUUCUCAUAAUACUCCCAUCCUUUGUCUUUGUACUUUUUUUUUUCUUCUUCGUCUAGUUUUAACUUUUUUGUGUGCGAAUGAACAGUAAGCCAAUUUUUCUUAUCUUACUUUCUUCAUAUUUUCACAUCUUAUUGCUUUGCUCUUUUCAGAUUCAUUGAAAUUAUCGCAAACAAACAAAAACCUAAAUGUUACGUCUACACGCAGUGCAAAUUUCGCUUUACACGAGUGGGAAAAUUAACUUUCGAGUCCCCAUUAUCAAAAGUGCGAUAUCAAUAGAGUUUUGUAUUUGUACAUAGUUUGAAAAAAAAAGGAACAAAAAAACUAUUCAACAAGCAUGCCCAAACAUAGAUUUUCAAAUUCCACUGACGCGUAUUUUUUCGUCGGAUACUUAGAUGCGAGUGAAAAUUGUUUGCCAAGUACGUUUCACAAUUUGGCUAUAAUCAUCAAGUCACACAAUACUAAUUUUCUUCGAUAAAAAACUAAUCGAGGGAGACAAGCUUGAAGAUGAAAUAACAUUGG